AUGCGUGAUCCACUGUUGAACAACAAACCCGUUGUUUAUGAUGAAAAAUUGGUAAAUCAAGCUUUGGAAGACAGUUCAAGUGAAAAUGUAGAGACAAGUAUCGAAGCAAUCAAUUAUCUGAAAAGUAUCCUUUGCGACAUCAAUGAUAUGGUAAUUUUGCGACACAUUGUUAGAACAAUGACAGAUUCACGUGAAAUAAGAGUUAUUGAUGCUUGUCUUGAUGCGAUCUUUAAAGUUUGUCAUAUGAGACAAGAAGAAUUGGUCGAAUCUUCAAUGUUUUUGGUGUGGGAUUUAGAAUUAUUUCAAUGUACUGAAAAUGGAAAUCAUAUCGAUCUCGAAAUGUUCUUUUUACAAUUGAAAAAGCGGCAUCCAAAAACACUCGCUGAAUAUAUUCUUUCAAAAGUUCUCCUUUCUUCACGACAAAUAUAUGAUGAUGAAAAAUUCGAAUACAUCACAACUCUUUGUCAUAUUUUUGAUAGAAAUGAAUUGAUCGAGCACAAUUUGAUGGAAAUGACAACUAAUGCUUUUUAUCAAAACAUUCAAUUUGAAAAAUAUAAGAAUCUCAUGUUUGAGAAAAAUAUGGUGGAUUAUUUGGAUCUUGCUGAUAAAAUUAUCACAAAACCUGAUUGCUUACUCACAAGUACGAUUGCCGUGAAUGAUUUCCAAAUACUGGCUGAAACUGUUAUCAUAAAAGCAAAUCAAUUCAGAGAAAGAAAUCAAGAAUCGAAUGAGAAAGAGAAAGCAGUCAUAGACAAGGUACUUUUUUUUCAAAAUUGUAGUUUUCCGAAAAUAAUAAUAAUAAUCAAUUUGCAGUAUUUGAAAUUGCUAUUCCCCAACAGAACUUUGGAUGCUGCUGAAAGGCUUCACGGGGCCAGAAUUUUAAGUGACGUCGAUAUGAAUAAAAUCAAAGAACAACUCAACAAACUCUCAUCAUUCCAUGAUAAUUGGUUCAAUUCUGACGUAGAUGCCCCGCAAAGUUCAUCGUGA